CAGCAGCAGCAGCGUCGUUCUACUUCGACCGGGAGCGAGCCGUCUCGCGGAUCUCCCACCCCGUCGACAUCUUCCGAGUCAUCGCUUGAUGACUCGAACUUCUCCUCCCCAUCUUCGCCGCGUGAAGAGCAUACUGCUCUCGGCUCGCCCGACGAGCCCCUCCCGUCGAUUGAAGGGCAGGACGAAAGCCCGACCGAGACCAGCAGCAGUAGCGAGCGCAUCAGUGAUACCAGUACCGGCCGCGCUAGGACGCCCUCGGUGUCGGUCUCUCCGCCGUCCUCGACGUCGCCCAGUAGCGCCCUUAAUUUGUCUCCCGGCACCAGCCCCAGGAGGGUAGGCUCGCCUCUGGAGGAUGGCGGGGAGGCGGCGAGCAUCGCCGCCCGACUGAAUGGCCUGGACCUCGGCGCCAGUCCCUCGAGGCUGGGCAUGUCGGAUGUCAGGGACGCGAUAGCGGACAUCGCCGACGGCCUUGGAGUGCGGACGCCGUCGCGGCGGCAGCGACAGACUACUACCGUGAGUCCGGACGCCGGGGGUUCUUUGCUGGGCCUGCGGCUGCCUACCGACCGACGGUCGCGGGCGGGAUCCAGGGCGAGUCUAAUCCUCCACGACGUCCGGGACGAGGAGCCCCCGCCGAACCACUUCCACAACCCAGCGGUCCAAGGGGCGUUUGGGGACGCGAAGGCGUUGUCUGCGCGGCUGGCGGGCGUUCUGGAGGGAAGCCCACUCCACGCGAGCGCAGACUCAACCAUCAAGCGGCUGCACCGCCGGGCACGGGAACUGGCGAACUUCCAGUGCCCCUCGACACGGACCGUGGGCUUUGUCGGGGACUCGGGCGUCGGUAAGCUUCCCUUGCUUAGUAACAGCGGAGCCGCAUGUACCUGCGUCGUCACUGAGUACCACCAUCACGCCCGCGACGAUUUCGUCGUCGAGAUGGAGCUCUUUGACAAAGACGAGCUCGCGAACCAGGUACACGAGCUGCUCAAGUCGUACCGCCGCUUCCACCUGCACGCCAGAGAGAUGACGAGGGAUGACGGGGUGGAGGAAGCCGAACAACAGGCCAAGGUUGCGCUGGACACGUUCCGGGCCAUGUUCCGGGGUCGGCUCGGUGACGAGGCGUUCCUCGCUAACGACAUGGAGGAAAACGUGUUAUCGUUGUUGCGGUCCUGGUUGAAUGAGACCUACCCGCAGGACGACGGGAAAUAUACCAUGGCCGAAGUGCAGGCGUGUUCGAGCCUGCUGAUGCGGCUGACGUCCGAGACAGCGGGAGCUCGCGAACCGGCCAUCUGGUCGUACAUCAAGACGAUCAAGGUGUUUCUCAACUCGCACAUCCUGAGCAAGGGCCUGGUCCUUGUCGACUUACCUGGGCUCCGCGACGUGAACUCGGCGCGCAGGAACGUUACGGAGCGUUAUCUGCUUCAUUGCAACGAAGUCCUCGCUAUCUGCCACAUCGGGCGGGCGACGACCGACGAAGGUGUGGCGAGCGUCUUUGAGCUCGCGAAGAAGGCUGAGCUGUCCAACGUGGGCAUCGUCUGUACCAAGUCUGAUGACAUUCGAGCCGAGGAGGCUAUAAAGGACUGGAAAGGCCUGCGUGCGAGGCGCAUCAAGGAGCUGAGCAACGAGGUCGCCAGGACCCAGGGCCAGAUCGACGAGGCGAACCUCAGCUUAGCCGAGUUAGAAGACGAUGAGCUAACGGACCAAGAGGAUAUCGAACUUGAUCUUAGUCGCCGUCUAAGGAGCCUAGGGCAUGAUCUUCAAAAGAAGCGUUUUGAACUCAAGAAAUACCUGAUCGAAAACCGUAACGCAACCGUCAGCGGAGAGCUCCGGAAAGAGUACAGAAAGAACAGUUCGGACGGGACGCUGCACGUGUUCUGCGUGAGCAACACCGAGUACUGGGCGAGGCGGCGGCUUUCGAAAGACGAUGCGCUCCCUUCGCUCCACCUCAGUGGGAUCCUCGCGCUGCGGAAACACUGCCUCGCCAUCAUCGGGGACAGCCAGCUGCGCAUCGCGAGAGAGUUCGUCACCAACGAUCUCCCGGCCCUCUUUGGGGAUGUGGCUUUGUGGAUUGAGUCGGGCGCCGGGAGCGCGAGCGCAGAGCAGAAGAGGACCGUCCGUGAGGCGCUGGACAAGGUCGAGCGCAGGCUGAAGAGGGAAUUGGUUGAGCGGGACUCGGAUCUUAGCCGCGUUGGGAAGUCCAUCAAAGAGGAGUUCAUGACCGAAAUCGACAGCUCGACCAGUGGAGACAAUUGGCCAUCCAGGCUGGCAAUGACUGGUGUUGCUGGAAUCAAGGCGGCAAGCUACAGUGCGUUCUGCCGCCAAUAUGGCAGUCACUGUACUCGUAUUAUUGGUCCACGCGACUGGAACGAGGAGGCCAUCGACAAACUGGUGAAGGACCUGGGGCCACGAUGGGAUGAGCUGUGUUCAUCCAUUGAACACGAGCUUGAAGAGAACGCCGAGCUGAUGGACGACGUUUUGGCUCAGGCGCUGGAGCUUAUUCUAACGGAACUCGAAGACCUCCCACGGACUAGAAGAGUCCUGGUUGCAGCCUUGGAAUGUCGUCGCAAAGCCAUCGUCUCCGAGGCGGAGGCUCUCUUCGGAAAGUUCAACGAGGAGCUGGGCACUUUGCGCAUAGAUGCUCUGUCGGGCAUCCGUACCUCGCUCAUCGGGCAAGCGUUGGAAAAGUCGUAUAGGGACUGCAAUAUGCAGUACGGCACUGGGAGCGAUCAGAAGCGCAAGGGCAUCAUGAACGGCGCACUCCGGCACUUGGACCUGUUCCCGAAAUACAUGAGAGAUUUCAGAGACAGGCUGAAGACCUCGGCGGACGGCCUGCAGGAGCAGCUGCUGGAGAUUCUGCAGCGACACCUGGGCGCCUUUGAGACAACUCUGAAUCUGAUUCGGGACGAGAACGUGGCGACGGAGAGUGAGGAGAACCCGGAGUUGAGAAGGUGCCUGGAAGUCGAAACUGCCACGGCAAGAGAGGAGUUGGGGCGGAUCAAGGAGAUUAUGGCUGCUUGA